CAGGGAAGAAUACUGGGAAACCAAUGGUACUGGAUGUGCUGGAAAGACUCAAGGAGAAAUAGGGAGGGCAAGUGGAGCUGUUUGAUUGGCAUGGGAGAGAACACCGGGAGGCUGACCGUACUGUCUGGACUAAGCUUUUAGGUUGCUUGUGAAGUCGGAGCAAAUACCAAGAAGGUGUUGUGGCAAGAUGGAUGUGGGGAAGGACCAAUCUCAUCUGACGCUCAACCAGACCCCUGAAGCUCAUGUAGAGAAGUCCCAUGCUCCAGACAUCAUUGGAUCUUGGAGUUUGAGAAACAGAGAACAACUGAAGAAGAGAAAAGCUGAGGCCCAGGGGAGGCAGCCGUCACAAUGGCAACUUGGAGAACAGAAAAAACGCAAGUAUCAGAGAACAGGAAAAGGUAAUCGAAGAGGCCGAAAGAGACAAGGGAAUGUGGAACAAAAGGCAGAGUCUUGGUCACAAACAGAAAACGAAAGGGUACAGGAGGUAUUGGUACCUGCCGAGGAAGAAACUGAGUACUCUGGAAACCCUGCAACCCAAGCCCUUCCCUUGAGAGCAUCCCCCACAAAAGCUGUGCCUACAGAACACUGUUCUGAAGUACCCCAAGAAAGCUUGCAGUGCCAAGAAAUAACUAUACAGAACCAUUCUCAAACACACCAACGAAGGGACAAAGCUGAAGCUCUCUCUCCUACCACGUGCCAAGAAAUAGGAGUACUUCUUCAAUAUUCUCCUAAGAUGUGCCAAGAUAUGGCUGAACCUGAGGCACACUCACCUAAAAUGUGCCAGGAGACAGCUGUGCCCCAAACCUAUUCUCCCAAAGCACACGAAGAUAUGGCUGAACAUGAGGCACUUUCGCCUAAAAUGUGCCGGGAAACACCUGUGCCACAAUACCAUUCUUCCAAAAUACCCCAAGAUAUGACCGGACCUGAGGCGUUAGUUCCUGAUAUGUGCCAAGAAACAACUGUGUCCCAAAACCAUUCUUCCAAAGUACCCCAGGAUAUGGCUGGACCUGAGGCGCUCUCUCUUAAAAUGUGCCAGGAACCAACUGUGCUUCAAGAACAUACUUUGAAAAUAUGCCAAGAUGUGGCCAGACCUGACGUCCUCUCUUCUGAAACACAUCAAGAGAUGACUGUUCCCAAAGCCCUUCCCUGUAUAACAUCUGGAGAUGCUGCUGGCCCAGAAGGAUGCUCCCCCAAAACACUCCCCCAGUCAGAUGUAACCCCCAUGUCAGUCACACCAGGAAAAAACACUUCCCACCCAGAUCUGGCAACGGCUGUGGCUGAAGGCUGCUUUUCUGAAGCCGGAGAAUGCAUUGUAUCUGAAGAUAUUUCUACAAAAACACACCAAGAAGCAGUUGAACCUGAAUUCCUUUCUCACAAGACUUACAAAGAAUUCACUGUGCCUAUAGUCUCCUCUCAUAAAACCAUCCAAGAAUCACCUGGGCCUGAAGAAUAUUCACCUGGAAGCCAUCAUGAAAUGUCAGGGCCUGAAGACCUCUCUAUCAAGACCUGUAAGAACAGGGAUGGGCCUAAACACAGCCUUCCAGAAGGAGCCCAGGAAGUAGGUGGGGCCCAGGGGCAGGACCCUGAUGCACCGGAUAGCGAGGACGAGGACGCUGGUGCUUUCUCUCAAGACAUGGAGGAAGGAAACAAAGCAGAUCAAGACCCAGAAACUCCAGCGGGUCCACAGGGUCCUCAAAAGAUCUGUCCAGAAAAUGAUGUCCACAGCUCUGCUCUAUUUUAACAGUGCUCGGUGAUGAAGCUGCAGACCGACUCCGUACAGCAUACGCGUCUCUUGUGAUUUCACUGAAACACCGCAGCGAUCACUAAAAUUUGCAUUGCUAUUUUAACUCAUGUUUUUUCAUUUGUAGAUCUUAUCUGAAGGAGAGAACUAACAUUUUUAAGGCUCUAACACAUAGACAAUAACGUGUGUGUGUGUGUGUGUGUGUGUGUGUGUGUGUGUGUGUGUGUGUUUGCGCCUGUGUGAGCGCCUGACAGUGUGUAUUUGUAUAUGGGGGAAGACGGUAAAAGUAGGGAAAGGCUGAGUAAUUGAUUUUCCCCUCUGAGAAGAAACAUAUAUUUAGUGAUUCUGAGGAAAAGAUAGCAAUUUAAUAUGAACACUUAGCAUUUUGAAAGUAUAUAGUUUCUUGUGAAUUUUGUCAAUUAGUGAAGUUGUAGCAACAUCAGAAUUUUACUCAAACUUUACAUGUCUCUUUGAGUUAAUCGGAACAAUUCUUAUUCUAAAAAUUCUUGCAAGUUUUUUUUUUUUGGAAUUGAUAAAUGCCAUUUAUUUCUGUGUGAA